AUGAUAUAAAACGCGACAAAAAAAGAGAAUCAGAGAUCACAGAUUGGCACAUUCACAUUGUCAUUCCCCUCAGAAUUUCUCCUUAGAUUUCGCUCCCUCUCUCAAACUUCAUCUUCAACCAAACACAAUCAAAAAAAAAAAAAAAACUAUUCUCCCCAGAAACCGUAACCAUAAAAAAAUAAAAUCUCGUCUCAUUGUUUUUUCGUUUUGAUUAUCAAUCUGUCGUCGUUUUGACACCACAACGAUGUCGUCCGGCGGCCCAACAACAACUUCAUCAAACACAAGCCCAAGGGUCGCCGCGGGUCCCACAACGACACGUAGACGCGUAGCCGACAUCAACAAUAACAGCAACAACAACGUAGACACAGAGAAACAACAAGUUUCAUCUAGCUUCUCAGAUUUCUCCGAACUAGAACAAGACGACGUCGUAUCAGGAACAACAACUCACCACCACGCGCACAUUCACCAUCACCUUAAUCCAAUCACGCGCUACCUUCUUUUACGCGCCCGCAUUUUGUUCUGUGUUCCGGAGAGUUUUAUAAUUCGGUUGGAACAGUUAUUUAUUUGGUUGUAUGGUUCGGUUCAGUCACUCCGGUCUGGGAAAAACGUGGGCCGUAAGAUCUUUGCGGUUUUAAUUUUGAUGGUUGUUAUGUCGGUUUUUGUUAAGGUUUCGUUUAUUGGUGGUGGUGUUGAGAUGAAUGGAAAGAGUAUUGAAAAUGGUCAAUUGAUUUUGCAACGGUUUAAAGAAGAUUGGGCUUCGGCCCAAAGGGUUGUUACUGAAACUGAAACUCAAACUGAAACUUCCAUGCCUAAAAGGGUCCUCGAGAGGUUGGCUACACCAGAAAUAUGGAUGAAGCCAAACAGUGAGAACUAUUACCAAUGCGUGUCUCCACCUAGAAAUCAAAUGAAGACAAAGUCAAAGACAAACGGCUAUCUUCUUGUUCAUGCAAAUGGUGGAUUGAAUCAAAUGAGAACAGGGAUAUGUGAUAUGGUUGCAGUGGCAAAAAUAAUGAAUGCCACACUUGUCCUUCCUUCUCUUGACCAUGAUUCCUUUUGGACUGAUCCAAGUGACUUUAAAGAUAUUUUUGAUUGGAGGCGCUUCAUGAAAGUCUUAAAAGAUGACAUCGACAUAAUUGAGUACUUGCCUGUUCGGUAUGCAAAUCUGAAGCCUCUUGUCAAGGCACCAGUUUCAUGGUCAAAGGCUAGUUACUACAGAAGUGAGAUUCUUCCUUUAUUGAAGAGACACAAAGUUGUACAAUUUACUCACACAGAUUCAAGACUUGCUAACAAUGGUCUUGCUUCAUCUAUUCAAAAGCUUAGGUGUCGUGCCAAUUACCAAGCUCUUAAGUAUACAGCUGAGAUUGAGGAGCUUGGAAAGACCUUGGUUGAUAGACUAAGAAACAAUGAUGAACCAUUUAUUGCCCUUCAUCUAAGAUAUGAGAAAGACAUGCUGGCUUUUACUGGCUGUAGCCAUAAUCUUACUGUUGAGGAAGCUGAGGAACUAAGGGUUAUGAGGUAUGGAGUCAAGCAUUGGAAAGAAAAAGAGAUCGAUAGCGUCGAAAGGCGAUUACAAGGAGGAUGCCCUAUGUCACCAAGAGAAGCAGCCAUUUUUCUCAAGGCCAUGGGAUACCCUUCAACUACAACAAUCUACAUUGUUGCAGGCCCUAUCUAUGGAAGCAAUAGUAUGACAGCCUUUCGCGCCGAGUAUCCUAAUGUCUUUACUCAUUCCACCCUUGCAACUGAGGAGGAGCUAGAGCCUUUUAAGCCGUAUCAAAACCGUCUUGCAGCUUUGGAUUACAUUGUUGCCCUUGAAAGUGAUGUGUUUGUUUAUACUUAUGAUGGAAACAUGGCUAAGGCGGUGCAGGGUCAUAGGAGGUUCGAAGGAUUUCGGAAAACCAUAAAUCCUGAUAAAUCAAAUUUUGUCAGGCUAAUCGAUCAAUUGGAUGAGGGUUCCAUAUCAUGGGACACAUUUUGUUCCGAAGUUAAAAACUUACACGCCAAUCGGCUAGGUGCACCUUAUCAAAGACAAGUAGGAGAGUCACCAAGAAUCGAAGAGAAUUUUUUCGCCAACCCUUUUCCCGGUUGUGUUUGUAACAAGUCUCAAGAGCUAAUUACAAGCCAAAAACUAGAUCAAAGAUUGGGUGUUGGAGCACAAAAAUGAUAAGUAUCUUGGUUUUUUGUCAUAUGAUGACAACAAGGCUAAAAAAUUGGAGCUUGAUUAUAUUAUUAUGGCAAUGCCUUAAAGUUCAAGGCAACAACAACUCAUUUGAUGAGGAUGUUGGGAAUGUGCUUUCCUUUGAAAACCUAUUUGAUGAGGAUGUUGAAGAAUCAAAGGAACCUUAUGAGGUUAUUAUUUCAUUCAAGAUACUAGUUUCAGUUUAGGUAUACAAAAAAGGGUAAGAAUAGAAAGCUUGUGUAUAAAUAUAAUCAAAAGGAAAAUUACAGGUUAGAUAAUUAUAUUGGGGGAUUGGUUUUGACAAUACUACCCUUGUUGGUUUCGUAGUACAUUGUUAAACCAUUGGAUUCAUUGAUUUUUUUUUUUAAGGACAAUUGCUAAAUGGAGCACAAUUGGAUACAUUUUUUGAAUUGAACACUUUAUACAUAGGAAUCUACCUUAUAUUGGAUAUCUUUGUUUAUACUUACAUUUAUGAUGUGUACCUUUAUUCUUGAA